AUGUGUAUGGUAACAGAUGAUGUUACAUAUGACCGGAAUGCCAAUUAUCAGGUGAGGGAAAUGGUGAACGUUACACCCUGUUCAGAUUCACCCACUCAACGUCAACCGAGACCCCUAGAUUCUAUCGAUUCCGGCAUCCGGGCAACUCCACUCAAUCGAUACGGAGAGUCCGGAUCACCAUCCCGAGCACAUCUUAGGCAUCCAGAAACGAAGAUGGCACUCCUCUGGACGACGACCCUGCUCUUGGUGUUCUUGGCGGGAUGGUGCUGUUGGGCCUCUUCGACCGACGGCGAUCCCGAGGUGACGGAGUGCGAAUUAACCACAGGCCGGACUCUCACGGUCAUCAAAUCGGCCGGAUUUCCGGCCAGGUAUGGGUCGAAUGUGGAUUGUAAGUACACGGUGCGCCGGAGGUCUAGAUCGGUGUGUUCUGUGACGUUUCUCUUCAAUGUGAUGGAUCUGGAGCAGAGUCCGAACUGCACCAAGGAUUAUUUGCUGUUGAGCGGGGAGAAAAUGUGCGGGUCAAAGCCGAUCGGAUUUUCAAGAACUAUAUCCUUUGCUGACGAUGAUCAAGUGACCAUGUCCUUCCACUCGGACAAUGAGACUCGUGGUCUCGGUUACAUGGUGACAGUUGUCCAGCAGGACUGCCCUCUGCCCACCUGCGAUUUCACUUCCGAUCAACUCGAAUUUGUGAUGUCGUCCCCCAACUAUCCACUACCUUACGAUAAUGGUCGCACUUGCACAUACACAGUCCAAAAAGCCCAUCCUUUGGUGUGCAGGCUUCUCAUGAAAGUCGUUGCAUUCGACGUGGAAGAAGAUCCUCACUGUGGUUCCGAUUUCUUGAUGGUGGGUGGUGACAGAUUGUGUGGCGUCAUGACUGAAGGACAAAUCCUGGAUAUAAGUUUCUUGAACACAACCUUGACCAUGGAGUUCCACAGCGAUCACGUGACCACAAGAGACGGAUUCCAGUUCAAUGUUCACCAAGAACUCUGCGACAUCUCCAGCUUCUCUCCAGAAUACACGUCCGAAAUUAGCGCCACUAGCGUCGCAGAGACCACGACCGACGUCAGCGUCAACAACAGCACACCGCUCACAGAAUGAUUACAACUGUUGCCACCAGCACUAACUAAUAAUGGUCCUCUUCCCCGAUUUCGUCUCCUGUCGCGAUGCUUCAUAAAGAUUUUUCAGCUCAAGAAGCGAAAUACUCGUCAUUUUUUUACCUACUCGUAAAGAAAUAAUUCCAUCUGAGUGAAUUAAAUUUUAUAAAAAACACAUGAGGUAUGUCAAUGUUACUGUAUUUUCCCAUGUAAGAUUUCUAAUUUGUUAAUCAGUAAAAUGGAACCUCAGUUUUCAUUUGAAAGUUUUUUAAAAAGAAAGAGAGAGAUAUUGCCGAGUUCGUUAUGGGAUACUGGGGAACAGGAUUCUUUUUUUCGCUAUUGUUAUAGUUAUUGAUUUAUGGCUUAGAAAGCUAAAACACAAAGAGAAUUAUUUCUGUUAUCCGCACCCAUAAAAAAAUUGAUAAACGGAAAUUCAUAACAUUUUUGCUUACUCUUCGUUUUGAUUCAUAAAAUUCAAUAGCGAUACCAAAAAUGAGGAUAGAAUAUCUUCUUUUAUAAAAAAUACUAGUGAUAUGAAUCCAUUAUUAUGUAUUCAUUAAUUGAUUAUUACUGUCAUCUCUUGUACAAAAAAUCAAAUGAUACCAAUUGUUGGCAACAUAAAAUAAAUAAAAAAAUUCUAUAAAGUGUGCUCUCUUUAGUUAUAUUUUUAGUUGAUUUAAUUUAAAAAUUCACUAUCUCAGGUCAAAAACUAUCUUUGAUGAAGAUUAUUAAACAAGUUUUCCUGAAAGAAUAACUCAUUGAACAAUAAAGUUCCUCACAGGUUACUGCAUGCCCCUGCAUCUAAACCUAUAUGUUUUCUGACAACUAACUCACAGAAUAAUAUUAGUUAGACAAUACAUGAGUUUUGACAGAAACUUGACAGCAAUAAUAAUUCCACAUAUUAUCUGUUAAUUACUCACGAAAUAAUAGUAAUGAGCAAAUCCACGCGUUAUCAUAGUUGCGUGAUAAAAGUAACUCCACACAUGCCACUUGAAAACAAACUCACAGAAUAAUAGUAGUAAGUGAUCAAACUUAUAUGUUGUCACAGUUAUAUGAUAAAAAUAACGGCACAUGCGAUCUGAGAACUAACUCAUGGAAUAAUAGUAGUGAGUCAAUUCAAUCGUUGUUACAGUUACAUAAUAAAAGUAACUGCACAUGCCAUCUAAGAACUUAUUGACGGAAUAAUAGCAGUGAGUCAAUUCAAGCAAACGCUGUUACAGUCACAUGAUAAAAGUAACUCCACAUGCCAUCUGAUAACUAACUCUCGGAUUAAUAACAGUGAGUCAAUUCAUGGACUGUCAGCAACUAAUUUUCAGACUAAUAGUAAUGAGAACAUUUAUGCAAUGACUCGCAUGAUUAUUCCAUUAAAAUAUUUUGCUGUCCAUGAUUAUAGUUGUUACAUGUCAGCUAAAGGUAUCCGUUUCGUUAAGUACUGAUAAAACUGAAACAAAAUUCUACGCCCAAGUUAUCAGUAAAUUUUGGCAUGAUUUUUAUCAAUACGUCUCAGGGUAAAAUGUAUUUUAAAAUUUACAUAGCGUACAUAAGAAUACAUAUUUUUCAAAAAAUUGUAUUAAUUUUGCUUUAUAAUAAGUUAUAAGAAAAAAAUAAGUGUUAUUUAUAAACAUUACGUUAAAUCUGAACAUAAAAUAGGAGAGGGAAGGGAAUGCAAUGCCCAAUGUUAAAUAAAAUAAAUUUUUGGAAUAAAGUCAGCUUUCAUUGAGUAAAAGGUUUGAAAGUAUCUACAAAAUUGAUGAUUCAAAUAUAUUGAUAUCUAUGUAUAAAAAUGAAUCAAGUAACCUUGAAAUUAACAUCUUGGUAAAAGAGUCAUUUCAUGUAUAACAACAUAAGCAAGACUCUUUUAGCAAAAAACUGAACAAUGUUUUGAAUUUAUAUAUAAAAAAAGUUUUUCAAAAUGGAUGCCUGGCUAUCGAUUUUGAAAAAAUCUGAAUUUAAAGUUAAUAUAAUAAUUAAAACUGGAAAACAUCUUUUUGUAAAAAGAUGGCAUACUGAUAGUAACAUUUUCGACUGAGGUUCCAUCACUUAUGUAUGACAAAUGAGAUUCAAUUAUUAUCUUUACAUGAUGCUUUAUUUUCAAUUCCUUUGAUGUUAUGUCCGUAUUUAUUCCUUCCAAUAAUAAAUACUGUUUUAAUUCUGAAGUAUUUAUUAUUUCCUUUAUUAUUUUUUCUUUAUUAUUUAUUUUCUUAUUUCUUAUAAUCGAUUAUCAUUUAUCAGUUUACCAAAUAUUUUCUCUUUAACAUUUUUUGCGAUAAUUUUAUUGCAAACUUAUUGUGAUGUUUCAAAUAAAUAUGGAGAGAUGCACUAUCGUAUUUAUUGAAUCCUUUUACAAAAUGAUUUUUAAAUUUUUUGGCAAUUAUAAAUUAUUCAUAUUUUGUUAACAUUGAAAAUUUAUGGAAAAUUGGAAUGGAUUGUGAUUAUUCUUUGCACUGCAUAUUUUUAGUAUUUUAUAGCAAAAAAAUUAUACGAAUAUAAAAAAAAAUUAUAAGGACAAGGAAUGGAAGGCUUUCAAAUAAAAAAUUAAAUACAUUUACCUUUAUGAAUUUCAUAAUUUUGUUGCAAAUUAUAUGUAACAAAAAGUGUUUUUUAUGGCAAACGAUUUUCUUAUUGCGUUUAUUCUUUUCUUUUUAAAUAA